CAACCAUCACAAAUCUUUCAUUGCAAGUCGCAGGCGGCUCAGAGAAGCUCGUAAAAACAAACUCUUACAAACUAGGUGUUGUAGCACGAACUAUAUAAUUUCAAUAUGCGUGAAAUUGUACAUUUACAAGCCGGUCAAUGUGGUAACCAAAUUGGUGCCAAGUUUUGGGAAGUAAUUUCUGAUGAACACGGUAUUGACCCCACCGGAACAUACCAUGGAGAUUCAGACCUUCAACUUGAAAGAAUUAAUGUAUAUUACAACGAAGCAACAGGUGGUAAAUAUGUCCCACGUGCUGUUUUGGUGGAUUUAGAGCCUGGCACUAUGGAUUCUGUACGUUCUGGACCUUUUGGACAAAUAUUUAGACCAGAUAACUUUGUCUUUGGACAAAGUGGAGCUGGUAAUAACUGGGCUAAAGGACAUUACACUGAAGGAGCAGAGCUUGUAGAUUCAGUUUUAGAUGUUGUACGAAAAGAAGCAGAAAGCUGUGAUUGUUUACAAGGAUUUCAAUUGACACACUCCUUGGGAGGUGGUACUGGUUCCGGAAUGGGAACUCUUCUCAUUUCAAAAAUUCGUGAAGAAUACCCAGACAGAAUAAUGAACACUUUUAGCGUUGUGCCAUCACCUAAAGUAUCAGACACUGUUGUUGAACCAUAUAAUGCCACACUUUCCGUUCAUCAGCUUGUUGAAAACACUGAUGAAACCUUUUGUAUUGACAAUGAAGCUCUUUAUGAUAUCUGUUUCCGUACAUUGAAAUUAACAACACCAACCUAUGGCGAUCUUAACCAUCUUGUUUCUGCUACAAUGAGUGGUGUCACCACCUGCCUCCGAUUUCCUGGUCAGUUGAAUGCUGAUCUUCGAAAACUUGCAGUCAACAUGGUACCUUUCCCACGACUUCACUUUUUCAUGCCUGGAUUUGCACCUUUGACCAGUCGUGGUUCUCAACAAUACAGAGCCUUGACUGUGCCAGAACUUACCCAACAAAUGUUUGAUGCCAAAAACAUGAUGGCUGCUUGUGAUCCUCGACAUGGUCGAUACCUAACAGUUGCUGCCAUGUUCCGUGGUCGCAUGUCCAUGAAAGAAGUUGAUGAACAAAUGCUUAAUGUUCAAAACAAGAAUAGCUCAUACUUCGUUGAAUGGAUCCCCAAUAAUGUAAAAACCGCUGUCUGUGACAUUCCACCACGUGGUUUGAAAAUGUCUGCUACCUUCAUUGGCAACAGCACUGCUAUUCAAGAGUUAUUCAAACGCAUCAGUGAACAAUUCACUGCUAUGUUCCGUCGAAAGGCUUUCCUCCAUUGGUACACUGGUGAAGGUAUGGAUGAAAUGGAAUUUACUGAAGCUGAAUCCAACAUGAAUGAUUUGGUGUCUGAAUAUCAGCAAUACCAGGAUGCAACUGCGGAGGAAGAGGGAGAAUUUGAGGAUGAAGAGGAGGAAGAAGAAGCCUAAACAUUUUUCGUUUUAAUUUAUAAUUUUAAGUUUUGCUUGUAUAUCAUGAAUAUAGGGAAGGCACAGAAGUAACGUAAA